AUGCACCACAAGCUGCUGGCCCUGCUGGCGCUCUGUCUCACGACCUUCCUCUACUUUGGCGUUCCCUGGCGACAUGCUCCGAUUUCGUACUCGCUGCCUGCAGGCGUCACCGCCGCCAAUGCGACCCUAGGAUUUGGCGCUGUAUUGGCAGUGUCGCGACCGCAGUCGCCCAGGCGAGAAGAGUUGCUCUUCGCUGCCAACCUCACCGGCGUUGAGAUUACCAUACCGCUUCAACCGAAAUGGACGGACGCGGAUGUCGCGCGCCUGAAGGCAGACCGAGGCUCUAAAAUCACAAGAGGCUCGGCGCUGGCCUGGCUUGGCCAUCUAAACGCCCUUAAGUGGUAUGGAAAUCUGAAUACUGUGCUAUUCCCGAACUUCCAAGAGGCUCGGCUGACACGCGUCCACCGAUAUAGGUUCCUUGAAUCCGGCCUCGAGACCGCACUCAUCCUAGAAGACGAUGUGGACUGGGACAUCCGCCUCCGCACCGUCGAAGUCCCUCUCGUCGCCAAAGCCUUCCGCAAGCUGCUUCACUCCGAUGCCACCUACUGGGCCGACCUAAGCCAAUGGGAGAUGAUACACCUCGGCCACUGCGGCGACAUCUUUUCCGCCGAUAAGUUCAAAGGCAUGCCGCACGAGAGAUUCGUCGACAACACGCUGCCGCCCCUCAAGCGCAUGCACACCAAGACCCAGGCCUUCCUCCAGCGUCUCGGCUUCGGCGAGUACGAGCGGAUGAUACAUCGUUCGAGCUGGCCUCUGUGCACUUUCGGCUACGCGGUCACACAAGCGUCAGCGCGGCGCAUCUCCACUGAGCUGGCUGCACGCGAAACGGACGGCGGCAAGCAGGCCUUCGAUGUUCGCACACUGGAGGCUUGCAGAGACCUGGGCUACAAGUGCUACAGUGCCAAUCCGGAACUGUUCCACCAUACCGAGGCGCCGUCUGAGAUUGCCGAAGUCAAUCAGGGGACUGACGAGCAUGGGAGGCUGCAGGCUCAAUCUACCGACGUCACUCCGAACAUUGCGUGCGGUGCGAGGUCGAAACAGUUCUUUACCAACGACAAAGCUACGCUGGACUUCCUCAAGAUGGAAGUGGGCGAGAAGGGCCAUUGUUUGCUUGAUGAGAUGGAGCCUGAUAGGAGCAAAUGGCCAUGGGUGAUAUGA